AUCUCCGCCAUCCUCCUCAGGGUACCAAUGCUAUCGCGCUGCACACUGCCGGGUAUUUAAUCCAGGAGUGGAGAAGAAGGAGAAAAUUCCCUCAGAUCCCGGCAGACCCCCUCCCAUCCCCCCACCAGCCCCUGCUCUGUGGGGGUGCAAGGAAAUGGGUGUGCCAGCCUCUGUCGGGAGAGAUGGCGAGUUUGGCGCUGGCUGGGCUUCGCGAGUGGGGGAACCCUGAGAGAAUCUGAAAUAAAAUCGCUGCGCUAACUCCCAGACUGCUUUCCAGACACCGACGGCCCACGCAGCCCUUCGCCCUAGUCUUUUCAGUCCAGGACAAGGAAUUCGGGCUCUAAGUCACCAAUAAUCUGCAGGCUGCAUUUCUGCACUUCAGUCUGUCCUUUAACAUGAAGCUCUAGCUGAACUGAAGAAAGAAGAAAUAGCUCUGAAUUCUUAAGGCUCUGUGCAACUGCAGACACUGUGGAAAAAGAACCAUUUGCUCCUGAUCCCAGGAAGUGGGUCCACCUCAGCUUGCAGCCAAGGCAGAACUUGUAAUCCUGAGCUGAAGCUCCUACCUUGACAAGUGCACACAUCCCAGUUGAGCAAGCUAGUUCCACACCCUGGAUCUGAUCAUCUCUUCAGCUGUACCAUGAGCCGCGUUCGGGAUGCUGGCUGUGUAGCUGCUGGAAUAGUGAUCGGGGCUGGUGCCUGGUACUGUGUCUAUAAAUAUACCAGGGGAAGAGACCAAAAGAAGAAGAGACUGGUUAAGCCCAAGAACCGGGCUGCAGCAGGGACUGGAGCUAGGGCUAGAGCUGGGAUAAAGGCUGGAUUCACAAUUGACCUUGGGCCUGGAUUCAGUCCCCCAAACCCAGUCAAUGCUGAGGCAGUGAACAAGACUCAGGAUGAAGCCUUGGCUCUUGACAUAGCUGAAGCUGAGGCAGUGGUCCAAGCUGUAUCCACUGUUGAGGUUCAGAAUGGGACAGGAAGUCAGGCUCAGGAGGCAGAUGGGGCUAGAGUUGAACCUAAAUCUGAAUUAGUAGCCAGGACUGCAGCUGCCCCUGCAGUGGCAACACUUCCCACAGUAGCAGAGGUUCCCUUGAUUUCAGAGGCCCCAGCAAUGGCAAGGCCUCCCAAAGUGGUGGAGGCUCCCAAAACAACUGAGAUCUCUGGGCUGGCAGCACCUCCUGGACCAACAGCACCCCCAGGGCCAGCAGUACCUCCUGGGCUUGUAUCACCUCCAAUGACAGCAACACCUCCUAGGGCAGCCCAGUCCCCAGGGGCAGCAGCGCCUGCCAGUGCAGCAGUGUCUCCCAGGACAGGAGUACCUCCAGGGGCAGCAACAUCUUCCAGGGCACCAGCACCUCCCAGAGUAGUAGUGCCUCCUGGAGUGCCAUUAUUUCCCCAGAGAGUAAUAGCUGCAGAGGUGAUAGAGGUUCCUGGGGUGGCAGUGCCUACUGAGGCUGCAGAGACUCCUAGAAUGGCAGAAACUACACUGAAGGCUGAGGCUCCUCUGCCCGUAAUGGCUUCUGGAGCUGCAGAGGCUCCUGGGACUUCAGGGCCCCCUAGAACAACAGCAGCUGCCAAGAAAGCAACCCCUGGGGCUCACACUGGAGCUAUACCUAAGGCUGGGCCAGCCACUGGAGCUGUACCCAAAGGUGGGGCUAAGGGCGGAAACAGGUCCCGGGCUGGAGGCAAAGGCAAGAGCAAGAAAAGCAAAGUUGAAGUAGAUGAACUGGGGCUGGGCUUCCGCCCUGGGGAUGGAGCAGCAGCUGCUGCGGCAGCCUGUGCUAAUGGGGGACAGGCUUUUCUAGCAGAGGUUCCUGACUCUGAGGAGGGGGAGUCUGGGUGGACUGAUACAGAGUCAGAUUCAGACUCUGAACCUGAGAUCCAGCACAGGGGGAGAGGGAAAAGACCUGUGCACAUGCAGAAGCGCCCCUUUCCUUAUGAAAUUGAUGAGAUUCUGGGUGUCAGAGAUCUCAGGAAAGUCCUUGCCUUGCUUCAGAAAUCAGAUGAUCCCUUUAUCCAACAAGUAGCCUUGCUUACCCUGAGCAACAAUGCCAAUUAUUCAUGCAAUCAAGAAACGAUUCGCAAGUUGGGAGGCCUCCCAAUUAUUGCAAACAUGAUCAAUAAAACUGAUCCCCACAUUAAAGAAAAAGCCUUAAUGGCCAUGAAUAACUUGAGUGAGAAUUAUGAAAACCAGGGCCGACUUCAAGUGUACAUGAAUAAAGUGAUGGAUGAUAUCAUGGCCUCUAACCUGAACUCAGCAGUACAGGUAGUUGGACUAAAAUUCUUAACAAACAUGACUAUUACUAAUGACUACCAGCAUCUGCUUGUCAAUUCCAUUGCAAACUUUUUCCGUUUGUUAUCUCAGGGAGGUGGAAAAAUCAAGGUUGAGAUUCUGAAAAUACUUUCUAAUUUUGCUGAAAAUCCAGAUAUGCUAAAAAAGCUUCUCGGUACCCAAGUGCCAUCAUCAUUCAGUUCCCUCUAUAAUUCUUAUGUGGAAUCAGAAAUUCUUAUUAAUGCCCUUACUCUGUUUGAGAUUAUCUAUGACAAUCUCAGAGCAGAAGUGUUCAACUACAGAGAAUUCAACAAAGGUUCCCUUUUUUACCUGUGUACUACAUCUGGAGUGUGUGUGAAGAAAAUUCGAGCCUUAGCAAAUCACCAUGAUCUCUUGGUGAAAGUGAAAGUUAUAAAACUAGUGAACAAAUUCUGAUUGUUAUGUGUUCUUGAUACUUGAGAUGUCUUGGUUUGUGCAGUUUGGAAGCAGUGAAAAUGGGAACUGACUGCUUUUCUGCUGGCUCAUAAAGUAAAGGGAUCAUUUCAGCUGCCAGUGUUGAAUAAUGUAUCAUCCCGAGUGAUGUUAUCUGUGACAGUCACCAGCUUUUAAGCUGAACCAUUUCAUGAAUACCAAAUAGUCCAGUAGUGCUGAAAACACAUUUGUGACUUUAAUUGUGCUGCUUGAAUGGAAUGUUUUUACUGGGUCUUCUAUGUAAAUUGAUUGCAAACCUGUCCAUAAAUGGCCUACUCUGUUCUUAUUUGUUUUGACUUGAAUUUCAUCACCAAAGACUUCAUCUGUGUAUCAUUAAUAAACUUGUGUGUUUUAAGUGACAAUAAA